GUGAAUUUUCCUGUUUCGGAAGUCGCUGUGUUGCCACCUUCGUUUCAUGUCCUCAUUCAAGGCUCUUGGGUGACUGCUUAUCCACUUUUUGGUCUUUCUCUCUAGCCAUCAUGCCGGGCUUCACGAACAAGCCGAUUAUCAUCGAUGCCCGAGAGCAUCUUAUGGGCCGAUUGGCUACCAUUGUAGCCAAAGCAGCUCUCAAUGGACACAAAGUUCGUGUUCUUAGGGCCGAACAGAUGGAAAUCUCCGGAACUUUUUUCAGGAACAAGCUGAAGUUUCUUAGCUUCCUCCGUAAGAGGUGUAAUGUCAACCCUGCUAGAGGCCCAUUCCAUCACCGUGCUCCAUCCAAGAUCUUCAAGCGUGCAGUACGUGGAAUGUUGCCCUACAAGACCUUCAGGGGUCGUGAAGCUUUGAAGAGGGUUCGCGCUUUCGAAGGUGUUCCUCCUCGCUACAUGCGCGUUAAGAAGCAAAUUGCUCCUAAUGCAUUGAGGGUUAUUUGCCUGUCUCCUGGUCGCAAGUACUGUCGCCUGGGACGCCUGUCUCACGAGGUUGGAUGGAAGUACCAGGAUAUUGUUGCUACCCUUGAAGCUAAACGUAAGAUCAAGGCAUCGAUCGCUUAUGGCAAGAAGAAGGUUGAACAGAGAACCAAGGGACUCGCCAAGAAGAAGGUUUACGAACGCAUUGUGCGACACCAGAAACUGCUUCAAUCUUUGGGACACAAGUGAAUAUUCUAAUUUCCCGUGGAUUGAUCAAUACACCACUUGCGAUCCUA